UGGGUUUUGAUUUUCUUUGAUGAAGGGAGACAGAUUCAUACCAAAUCGAAGUCUAAUGGAUCUUGAUCGAGCCCACACUCUGUUGACUAACCCAUCAAAAGAACUGGGCAAAUCAAAGUACAAUGGUGAAUACAGAAGGAGACUGGAAGCAGCUUUGAAGUUGGAUGAAGAAGGAAGGCCAUUCAGAAUGUUGGUGUUCAGGGGGAGUCCUAAGGGCAGCAGAAAAUCAAUUCGAGAAAUUGAUGAAAUGCGUCGCAGUGAUGAGGAAAGCUUUUCAUGUACCGAUGUCAAUAAACAAUCCCGAGCUUUCCCCAAGAAUGCGAGUAGGAUUCUGGAUGCACCCAACUUAAGGGAUGAUUACUAUUUGAACAUCAUAGAUUGGGGGAGAACAAAUGUUCUUGCCGUGGCUUUGGGCUCAGUGACAUACCUGUGGAAUGCCACCAACCAUGGAAUUCAGCAGUUGGAAGAGGAAGAGGAUAAUCAAGACGAUUAUCCGAGCAGUAUUGCAUGGUCUACUGAUGCAAAAACAUUAGGAGUUGGAUGCGCAAGCUCCAAGAUUCAGCUUUGGGAUGCCGAGACUUCAAAGAUUGUAAGAUGCCUGAAAGGCCAUGAGGGGAGGGUUGGAUCUAUAGCAUGGAAUGGUCAUGUUCUAACAUCAGGAAGCUACGACAGAUCCAUUAUUCAUCAUGAUGUGAGAGUGAGCAACAGCUUGAUAUCUCUUCUAAAAGCACACACACGAGAAGUCUGUGGCUUGAAGUGGUCUGGAACGGGCAAUUUUCUCGUGAGUGGUGGGAAUGACAAUCUUGUUUAUAUAUGGGAUACUUUCAAGAUGAGCUCGAGGGAUUAUUUGCAUAGAUUCAAUGAUCAUUCUGCAGCAGUGAAGGCCCUUGCAUGGUGUCCAUAUAACUACGAUGUGUUAGCUUCUGGAGGAGGGACGUUUGAUGGGUGCAUUAAGAUGUGGAGCAUUAGAAAGGGAGCAUGCAUUAGCAGCACUGAAACCAGAGCACAGAUCUGUGGGUUGCAAUGGAACAAGCAUCAUAAGGAGCUACUAAGCGGCCAUGGCUUUGGAGAGAGGGGCGAUGGAACAGGGAAGUUAUGCUUAUGGAGGUAUCCUUCCAUGUCCAAAAUAUGCGAUUCAUGGAAUCAUGCCUCGAGAGCUCUACAUCUCUCACAGAGCCCUGAUGGAUUGACUGUGGUGUCAGCCGGAGCAGAUGAAACUCUUCGCUUCUGGGAGAUUUUUGGCCCGCCUCAAGCUGACAAGUCAAGGACGUCGGAUUUCGAUAAUCUUCUAUCUCUGAAGACAUCACCAAUACGAUGA